ACCGCUCUGGGUCCAACCUGGCUGAAUCAUCCCUGGAUUUGCUUCUUCUUCCAGCAUCCCAGCAUACUGGUGAGCGUGGUGGUCACCGUUCUCCGAGAACUUCAGCUGUCUCUCUCAUCUGCCUGUUGGACUCAGGUGCUUCUCCGACACAACCUACAGGAACAGGGAAGGAAGAAGUUGUUCCUGUUGUGUGGCUUGCUGCUGAGCCUGUGACUGAAGUUCAACACCUGACUGUGAAGAGUCAGCAGUUUCUUUCUUCUCUUUGCCUUUCAUCAGCAUGGAUACUUGGCGGAGAGGAUCCAUUAAGUCCACAACGUUCUUCAGACGUUUCUCACUCAGGAGACACAAAAAGCUGGGCAACCAAGUCAUUAUCUUGAAUCAAAACAGCCACACACUGGACAGUGAUGGACAGUGCCAGAAGAGGGAAUGCUUGAGGGAACUGAAGGACAAGUCUGAUUACCUGUCAUGUCAGAGUGAGCAAAACCUAGCCAAGGCACAAGCACCUCCUAAGCCUCCCCGGCUGUACCUGGACAGUUCUAGCUGCCCGAACAUCAUUGAUCAUACAGAUUCUCACUCUGACGUCUCCUUUUCUGGUGCUGCUCAUCAAUACCACAAAGCCACUCAAACUCAGUUCCACAAGGAGCAGGCUACAGACUGUGGGACCUCAGAGACUAGUUCCCAGAAUGGCACCACUCUUUCUGAUCUGUCUGAUCCUUUCCUGUCCUUCAAAGUGGAUUUGGGGCUAUCGCUUCUUGAGGAUGUUCUGCAGACCCUCAGGAAACAGAAUCCAAGAGAUUACGCCAUUUGAAGGUAUUUAUGAUUUAAUGUAUCACAUUUACCUACUGCUGGUGCCAGUUUCUCUAGUCCUAACAGGAGGAAGGAUACUGCAUCACCCCUGUUGUGUGUGGUCUGUUCUGUUGUUCUUGCCUUAUCCAUGACAGACUGCUCUUGUCCUUGCCAAGAAGUCCUUCAGAAGGGAGCUGACAGGUUCCAUGCCUAGAUGAGAGCACUGUCUGCUGGAACCUUGUGGGCAUGUUUCCGUUCUCCACGCUGGGAAUUUCCCACUCUUGACUGUGUAUCUCCAACUCACAGAAGAAUGGCAUUGUUUGGCAAAAGACUUGGUAUUUGGGGGAUGUGGAUGUGACACUGCGGAGCAUGGACAGAAAGGGGUAUGGCAUACAUCAUUUGUGGAUAAGCAGGCAGCUUGUAAGGAGACAGGAGCAUUUGUUAUCUCAAAGCCAUAGCUACGGCAAUGGUCAAGAGACAGAAACUGAUGUUUCUUCUCCCACCACGUUUGAGUGUGAAAAAUCAAAGCUGUUCCUCUUUUUUUUUUUUUUUAAAUGUCAGUUUCUUUUCCCCUAACUCAAGUGCAGUUGGCACUCCCAGCCUGGAAACAGGUAAGCAUCUAUAUAGGCUCAUAACGCGGCAAGAGCAGUUCAUUUAG